UCAUUAUUCAUCUUCGAUUGCUAAUUUGGAAGUUAAUAUGUAUUCAUUAAGGAAGAUAACCAAUCACCCCGGAAAUGUUUCUAUUCAUUCUAAAACUGUUUUUGUUUUUUCUAUUAUUUAAUAAUAUGGUGUUAGCAAACGUUAUAACGGAUGUUGUUUGUUCAUUAAUUCAACCGGAUUCAAAAAAUGCAUCAUUUUAUUUAUAUACAAAAAGUAUUGAUGACUAUUCCAUUACUGCCGAUGCAAAUUCGAUUGAGAAAGCUCCGUUUACCGCGGAUUCUAACACCGUCAUAUUUAUUAUCCAUGGAUUUGGUGCAAGUAGAACAACUUCUGAUAUAGUUACUUUGCGAAAAGCCUUUAUAUCGGCACAGGAAGAGUACAAUAUUGUAAUGGUGGAUUACCAUGACGUCACUGGUGACGUUUCCAAAUCAAAUAUUAUAACCGAGGGAUUGGAAUACAUUGAAUUUAUUCAUUGCGAUUUUAAAAAUGUGGUGACUACCAUUACCGAUAUGAUCGUCUCGAUACAGAGCUCGCGACCAGAAAUAACCUAUAUACAGUUGGUCGGACAUAGUAUAGGGGCUCAAUUAGCCGGCGAAGCGGGGAAUACACUUAGGGGAAUGGGAAAAACAAUAGACAGAGUGUCUGGAUUGGAUCCGGCCGCUCCCGGAUUCUUUCUUUCCAGUAUCACACCAGAAAGUGCCAUCUUUGUGGAUGUGACUCACACGCAGAUCGGUAACUUGUAUGGCGCCGCGGAAUCCUCGGGAAAUGUUGACUUUUACUUUAAUAAUGCCGUUAUUCAAGACGGUUGCCGCAAUGAAAAGACACAUGAAAUGGCCUUAAAAUGUUCUCAUUCAUCCGCUGUUUACUACUUUGCGGAUUCUAUAAAGAACCAAAACAUAAUGGCUAGCCGUUGUGAUAAAAUUAAGGAAAUUGUUCAAGACGUAUUUGCUCUGAACAACAUUGACAAAAAUAACAAUAACGAGUUAAGUUCCGUUUGUUCACAAGAAGCCAAGAACGAUGGAAAUAAAAUUGUAUAUGGGGAAUAUGUGUCUCUCGAAGCAAAUGGGGUGUACUUUGUAAAAAUCGCAAAGGUACCAAAUAGCAGUUAAAUAUAAUUGUAC